GGGGAACUUCACGUUUCCAAGCUCUUCAACCACCCCAACAUCGUGCCAUACAAAGCAACUUUCAUAGCUGACAAUGAGCUGUGGGUAGUGACGUCUUUCAUGGCCUAUGGUUCUGCAAAAGAUUUAAUCUGUUCCCAUUUUACGGAUGGGAUGAAUGAACUGGCUAUUGCAUAUAUCCUCCGAGGAGUACUGAAAGCACUUGACUACAUCCACCAUAUGGGCUACGUCCAUAGGAGUGUUAAAGCCAGCCAUAUCCUGAUCUCUGUAGACGGGAAGGUGUACCUCUCAGGCCUGCGAAGCAAUCUAAGUAUGAUCAACCAUGGGCAGCGACUCAAAGUUGUUCAUGACUUUCCCAAAUACAGCAUCAAAGUCUUGCCUUGGCUCAGUCCUGAAGUCCUGCAGCAGAAUCUCCAAGGUUACGAUGCAAAAUCCGACAUUUACAGCAUAGGGAUAACAGCCUGUGAGCUGGCAAACGGACACGUACCAUUUAAAGACAUGCCUUCUACUCAGAUGCUCUUGGAGAAGCUGAAUGGAACUGUUCCCUGCCUGCUAGACACCACCACAAUUCCUGCCGAUGAGCUGACUAUGAAGACCUCCCGUUCAAGUGCUAAUUACGGGAUGGGCGAGAGCAUGGCUCUUAGCAACGUGAGAGCAGCAAACGGAGAGCCGACCCUGCACCCUUAUCUUCGGACCUUCUCCACCUACUUCCAUAACUUUGUAGAGCAGUGCCUCCAGCGGAACCCUGAUUUCAGGCCAAGCGCAGGCGCUCUGCUUAAUCAUCCCUUUUUCAAGCAGAUCAAGCGCCGCGCUUCCGAAGCACUCCCGGAACUUCUGCGCCCUGUCACCCCCAUCACCAAUUUUGAAGGAACGCGGCCCCAGGAUCCCAGUGGUAUUUUUGGGCUGGUGUCAAACCUGGAGCAGCUGGAUGUGGAUGACUGGGAAUUCUAGAAAAAACAGGGAUUAUACCUGGUUCUGGAGGAGGAGCUUUCUGGACAUUGUAAUUUAUUGGUCCUGUUCA